AUGCAAUUCAAGAAAUACAUCCCAGACUUCCUCCUCCCUACCGACGAGCCACAAGCGCCCGUCCGGAUCUACGACGUGCCUCUGCGUCGGGGACUCUUCCAGAAGGCUCAACCCGGUAACGAAGAGACCAUCACAGCCAGCCGUAAUAACUCCGUCGUCGACCAGUUGUCGGCCGCUCAGCCGGAACAGCGCCGCUCUAGUUGGCAUCCCGGUAUGGCUUUUGGUCACUGA